AUGUCUGGCGCGAAUAGCUGGCUGCAACGGCAGCGAAAGGGCGAUUUGGCCGAGUUGGCGCAACACACGGGCCUGAAGAACUUUGAAGCGUUCAAGAAGCCCGAGUUGGAGCUUGCCCUCGAUGAGCACCUUGCCGAGAACGCGACGACCUUUUCGUCAGACCCAAAGCUAGCUCCCUACUUCUCGAGUCGCGCCAGGACGAUCGGCUCGCCACUGAAGAGAGGUUCAACCGCCUCUGAUGGCACCGAGGAGAAGAUCAAGGUCCCGCGACGUCGCACCAUCAAGGCUGUUGAAGAUGCUCCUGCCUUGCCCCCAGCGCUGGCUUCUGUUGUAGCUGCCGCUCCCGAGUCGGCAUCUGAACCAGCAUCUGGAUCUGAAGAGGAGCCAGCCACCAGCACCGCUGUCACCACUGGCAUCUCCAAUGCCCUUGUUCAGACUCCCGGGCGCGCUCUUUCUCUCGCCAGCCGCAUCCCUCUACCUGCGACUCCCGCCGACGUUGCAGAGGCUGUCGACCGCCACACGGUUGCUCUGCGAAACCGCGCCAGCUCCAUUUACAAGGAGUCGGGCAUCACCGAGGUCACCCACGCCACCAGGGAAAGUCUCUCGACUGUCAACUCCAUCCUGGGCAUUGUGUCGCUUUUCGAGCUCUAUUUCCUGCGCCCUGAAGUCCUGCCUGACCGUUAUGCAUUCACCAUCCCAGCAAUCCACUUCCUGGGCACAAAUGACUUUCCCGUCCAUGUCGCCGACCUGUUCCUGCUGCUCACCUCUUCGUUCUGGUCGCCCACGCUCACCUGGCUGUUCACCAGCACGAUACUGCCCACUCUUGCCGGCUACUUUUUCAACCUUUCGGCAGCAAACCAGCCAACCCGCCGCACGACUCGAAACACCACACCCACCCCUGAUUACGUCGUGGAUCCUCUGACCUUUAGCAUCGUCAAGGCCUUGAUCUCGUUCGUCGUAUACGGGCAGGGCGUCACCUUUGGUGGCUGGCUCAGCGAGGAGUCCAUUGCGCGAAUCAACGGCUCCGUCUAUGGUGGCUACAAGGGCAUCCUGACCGGCACAGCCGUUACUGCUCUCAUCAGCAUUUACGAUGCUGUGCUAAAGAAGUAA